AUGCCCGUCCCCGCUGAGACCGUUCACGCCGUCGACCCCCAGGCUCUUCGCGUCCUGGUGACAGGCUACGGGCCCUUCCGCUCGUUCAAGGUCAACCCAUCGUGGCUCGCCGUCAAGCCCCUCCAUAACACCACCCUCCGCACUGCGGACGACAAGCCCAUCCAUGUCACCUCUCUGGAGGACCCUGCCAUGGCCAUCGCGCCGCCUCCCUUGGACGGGUACGACUUUAUCCUGCACAUCGGCGUCAUGGGCAGGAGUGGGAAUCCUAUCAAGCUGGAACAGCGCGGUCGGAAGUAUGGUUACGACCAGGAUGACGCGGAGGGGAACAUGUGCGAGAUCGUGGAGGAGGCGGAGGGCAAGCCCAAGCGCGGUUUCGGCGAGGGCUACGAGGAGUUCCCGCAGGAGCUGUUCACGCCGAUUGACUGCGAGAAGCUCGAAGAGCACCUCAAGGCAGGCGGUGUGGACGUCGCGCUCUCCGUUGAUGCUGGGCUUUACCUCUGCGAGUUCAUCAACUAUUGCUCCCUUGCGGAGUCCAAGCGCACAGCCGCUACUGCAGAAAAGAGCACACCCGUCCUCUUUAUACAUAUCCCACCCGUGGGCGAGCCACUGUCCACGGAAGAGGUCACGGAUGCUCUCCGGAAGACCAUUUCGUGGGUCUGCAGCCAGCUAUGA